AUGGCCAAAGCAUUGUCGGCGACCAUCAUCCUGGCCGCCUUUGCAUACAGUGUAUGCAGUGAGGCUGCUGAGGUGGAGGUUUGCAAAUACAUGACGAAUACCUACACUGGCAAGCAUCAGUACUUCAACCAGGGGGUGUGCACACAAGUUCUGCACGGCUCCGCAGUUGCAUCAUCUGAGAGCCCACAGCCAGUUGCCUUUGUCUUGACAGUGGCGUGCGUAUCUGAUUCUUGCGGGGAGUGCGAUGGUGAUCCUGUGAAGUUCUACGGCCAGUGCAAUCAAGGCUCUUUGACAGGGUACAUGUUUGACGGUGCUCUCUUCAACAUGACAGGCGUUUUCGUCGGUCCACUUGACGGUAUCUCGCUUGUCAUCGAUGCGGGUGGCCACAUUGACAGUCACUAUGAGAGGGAUUGGUGGGCCUGGUCGAUGGUUCGUCGUCGUCGGUUCUGGAUAGACGACAUUGAGCGCCAGACGGCAAAUCCAUCAUCAAGCGACAUGAGCGCCGGUGUCACUGGGUCCGGUCGCUCCAUGGGGCAGCGCCAGGUGCAAGGGUCAAAGAUCACGCCGAAUUUGAUCUCCUUCAACACCGUCCUGGCCGCCUGCGAAAAAUCUGGACGGUGGAUCUCAGCUCAACAAGUCCUGCGACAAAUGAACGAGAAUGCUCUUCCUCCUGACAGGCGCAGCUGGACUUCGUUGGUGGCAUGCUUCUCUCGAGGGAGUAAAUGGAUGGAAGCUCAUGGCACAAUCCAGGAACUUCGUCAGAUGCGCUUGCAACAAGACAUGAUGAUUAUUGGUGCAGCUGCCAGUGCCUAUCAGCGCGGGCAUCAGUGGCUGUUUGCCAUGGAGGUCUUCUCACAAGUGCUGAGUCUGAAUCUCCAGCCUGAUGAGCAGUUGUAUAGCUCGGUGAUUGCUGCUUCUGCCAUGGCACUCCAGUGGGAGACUGCUAUGAGCCUUCUGCAGAGCAUGCCAGCAAGGCGGCUCCAAACAACCUCUGCCAGUUGUGCUCCAGUCUUGACAGCCUUGCUGGAGGCGAAGCACUGGAUGAAGGCUUUGGAGCUUUUCAAUGAGCCUGGUUUGGCAAAGGACACGCAGAUGUACAGUCGGAUGGUCAUGGUGUGUGAGCAGCACAACCUGGUGGAAUUGAAGCAGCCCCUCUUGGAGUCUUUGGUCCAUGACCUGGCUGCCUCUGCUGACCAGCAGAGCCUCACCACAUUGGUCGCCGGCCGGUCGGUUUCACGUAGACCCGGUGCACGGGCGCGGGAUGUGCCACUCUCUGGGAGCGUGCCAUGGCGGCCGUAUGCCAAGGAGAUUCGCCUCAUGGAGCACAUCUUGGAGACGGCCGUACAAGGCGAUCCGGCCUCCGUGUGUGAUGCCUUCGAGAGCUUUGGUUUGAACAUGUCAGGCACCUCCAAAGCCUGGCUGAAGCUGGCGGCUGGAGAAAAGGCCCAGGUUUUGGUCGCUGCAGCCUGUUGUGCUCCUGCUGGCUUGAUGCUGGAGAUUGGCACCUACUGCGGGCACUCGGCCAUUCGCUUGGCAGCAGCACGACCGGACAGUCGAGUGGUGACGCUAGAAGUGGACCCAGUCCAUGCCAUCAUUGCACGUGCUCUCGUGGAAUUUGCUGGGCUUUCGAGCUCUGUCCAAGUCUGGACAGGCUACAGCCGGGAUCUCAUCCCCUUCUUGGCCAACAGGUAUCGCGACUCCAAGGGCACCUUUGGCUUUGUGUUCAUGGACCAACGGGGAUCUCGCUACGAGGAGGAUCUUGCAAGCUUACAGCGCCUGAGCCUUCUACGAGAGGAGGCUGUAGUUGUUGCAGACAAUGUCCUGAAGCCCGGUGCGCCACGCUACUUGUGGCAGGUCUGCAGAUCUGGGGCCUUUGAUACCGAGGUCGUGAGAGUCUUCGAGUUUGCGAUGCCAGUUGAGGACUGGAUGUCGGUGAGUGUCGUGAGGGGAGGAACGACAGCAGCGACAGCUGCGUUUGCAACACCCAGUGAGCUGGAGGAGCUGAGUCAGGUGGCAGAUGAGAUGAGGAACCGAGCUCAAACCUCUGGAGGCGUCAGCUUUACAGAUUGGUCCAGUUUUGCAGAGAAGAUGCAACUUGCCUAA